UAGUCUGUUUCUAGUGGAGACCUGUCGUCGCGGGUUCGCUAAGGAGUAAUAUGAAUCGGCUUUUAAUUCCACCCAGUGUUCACAAUCGCCACCGAAUAUGGCUGGAGUCAUCCCGUCCAUGACGAGUGGUUUCCCUGGGUUUCACUUCGUAUUUAAACUUCGAGAAUUUAUUGUGUGAAUUCCUAUUCCAAUUUCAUUUUAUUUUUGCUGUAUAAUAAGCAAACUGUAUUCCUGUUUUCGGAUAUUCAUUCUUUCUAUAUUUGAUUUACAAGCACUACUCAGUUUUGCUUUACAUCAUUUUCAUGAAAUAUCAGGUCAUGUGUUUUAUGACCAGCAACUAUCUUGGGUGGGGGGCUUUCGUAAACGGGUGGUUUGUCUAGUUCCAACCUUUAUUAUGCAAAGUGGUGCAGUAGUUAUAUUGUAAGAUUUAGUGUUGAAUAAAUUAAUCAGAAUUGGUGACCGGUUUCAAGAUGACUUUCCUGAAGUUUACGCGUGAAUCUUAUAGUGGGAAAAUUAGUUUCAUCAACAUGAGUACUCACCAACCGAUCUGUCAAUUACUGUCCGAUAAUCAUUCAAUAACAUUUAUAAUUAUUCAACAGCUAACAAAGAAAAAUUCUUUAUGCUGACUGGAAUAUUGAAACUAAGGAACGAAGGUUGGUGCAAACUAGCUGAAUUCUGAGAGAUGAAAACCUUAUAUUGGAUUGAGAUAAGGUCAUCUUUAGUACUUCGGAUUUGACACAGUCCUCAAGUCAAUAAACAUAUCCUGGUUGAACAACUACCCCGUCGGGUCGACAAGGCUCAACCAAUCUCAGUUCUCGUGCGUCUUUUUGGGAACCUGGGCUUUAUGCACUAAUCCUCGAAAUGGUUCAUUUAAAUAUAAGUCUUGAAUUGCCUUAUUCUUGUUGAAAUCAGUGAAAUAACCGGAAGCUAAACCCUAUCUUAAGUUACCAUUGUUUGCAUUAUAAGGUCUAGUCACUGGCUUGCUAAGUGUAUUAACUGCAAUUAAACUUCACGUGGUAGUACCGUGGGUCUAGACCUUCUGACAAAAAUUAGGUUGGGUCAGAUUUCCUUACUAAGAUCCACACAUAACUUGUAGUGUUUAGACACUGAGUCAGAAUGAUGCGAAGUAACGAACCACAUCUAUUUUUCGCGUGAUCUCAUUCUCGGUUUGGCCCUGCUGCACUGUCAAGGUUGGCGUCAGCUAGUACGUAUGCGCAAUCCAGAAUCUCCGUGUAGUUGCCAGCUGGUUUGUGAGGCAGGUCCACGAGGUGCACGUACAUAUUAAUGUAAGAUACUGCAUUCCUAGUCGUCAACGUUCGACGUGAACCCAUCAGAUGUUAAGUCUAUCUUUGUUCCGUUUAUAGAUUAUGUAAUUCCUCUCGCAGUCACCAGAUUCACUGAGUGGUGGUUAUUUCUAUUCAAUUGCAAAGCAGGCAGUCGCCGAUCGUAUUUCCUCUAGAUACGACGGACUUGUGUCAGUCCAGCGUGUCGAUUUUCCUUUGAAGACUAGGACUAUCACUAGCCAUCAAGUGUUAGUUUAGGUUCCGUAAUUAUACGUCAGUAAUAUGCCGCUAAGGUUUUUGUUCAGGCAAUUCGUUCUAGGUGUGGGUUAGUUGUAUAAGGCGGCCUGGAUCAUGUCUACUCUUAUGGCUUGUUCUCCCAACUUAUUGAGUACCGAACUCGUGCAACGUCCGGAGUGAAAUUGCUUCACGGAUCUUGCGUGUCCUUUAGCAGUUGUGAGUCUGCUUCGAGGGUUUGUGAGGCAUUCAUAGGCUAGCUAGUAAAAUGUUCUUUCCAUACACCCGCUACCCGUUCGGAGCAUUCCGUAAGUUGGCAAUAUAUUCUUAGACUUGUGGUUGACAUCUAUCAUCGAGAUAAUUUUUCUUCAUUUUUUAGGCUGUCACAGAACCAACAAGAUUGCUUGAGGCUUACAGUGAACAUCUGACUGACUCUGGUGGAAUUAUGCAAGAUUCUGUCUCUUCAUUGGUGGAGUUGAUGUCAUCAGCAAACCGCAAACUUGUCCCAAAGUGUAUUUCAUUAUGCAUCAUCGCUUCAUCAGCUCCGGAAAUACAAUUGAAACUAUGUAGAGAUGGCGCAUGGGAAAUACUACUAAAGUGGCUUCAAGAAGCGCUCAAAGAGGACAACUAUGCUUUUCUGCUAGAGCUCCUAAAAGUGUAUCUACUACUCCCUGUGAGGUUAGAGCAGCUUACACAGAAUGUGUGUCCCAAACUAAUAAAUUCUCUGACGAAACGUUGUGAUCAUGAUGAGGUAAAAUCAGUGGCUGCUGAGAUUGUAAAAAAAUGGAAAGAAGUUAUAAGUUCUGAUUCUCGACAAUUGGUCUCAAACCAUGUAAAACGGAAAAAAGUGGAAACCGAAAUUAAACCAUUGAAUAAAGAUAUCCAUCCACUUGAUACAUCAAAAGACGAGCGGAAACGACGAACUACUGUUAAAAUACCACCUAAUAAUAUGCGAACUGCAGGAAUGGAAGAUACACCUGCACAAGCUCAGCCUAAAUCUAGAUCAGAUAUAAUCGCUAAGAAAGCCAAAAUGGACCAUGAACUUAAUGUAACGUCUGAACUCCCAAUUGAAUCAUUUCAUCAAAAGAUAACUGUUACACCGACUGAACCUCGCAAAGAACUUCACGAAAGCUCGGAUUUUAUUAAUGCUCUCACAACUUCUCCCUGUCCUGUUGUCCGGAAGAAGAGAAAAAUAUCUCCGAAAACGGAGCCAGUUUUACAAACUGAAAUUCAUACAAGCAAAGAAGAAAAUUCUAUGGAGCUAUCGGAUCAAAGUAGUUUACUUGAUUCAUUUUCUAACUCGCCGAAGGGGAUUGGCUCCAGAAAAUCCUCACUGUCCAAUAUGUAUUCGACCUUUGCUAGUGAAAAUAAACCCAAAAAGCGAGUUUCCUGGGCUGAUGAAGAUAAGUUACAAUCUUUCUACUACUUUGAGCUAGACGAAUCAGAGAGAGUAAAUGUGAAUCGUGUGUCCAUUGAGGAUAUCCGUCGCAAAGAACAUUCCAUGGAACGUCAGCUUUUCAAACGAUCCCACGAAGAUACCGAUGUCUAUUCUCAAAAGUGGCACCCUCCUUGUCCAUUAGAACGACUUCUCUUGGUCGAACCAGGUUGUAAAUCUAUUGAACGUCAGAUACAGUUAGAACGAGAACGUUGUGUCCUACAAGCAAUCUACUUUACUCGCGAAAGUAUUCCAUAUAGUCCAGAAGAACCAGAAACAGAAGUUGUGGAACAUAUCCAUCCUCUUGAUAUACCAUUGGAUGAUCUUACUGCUUAUGAGUCAACCGAUAAAAACUGUGAAGUCAGUUCUGAGAAGCUAUUAGUUAUGAAAGAUGCCAUGGGAAAUCCACAAAUGUCAUUAAAUCCUGAGGUUGCUAAUCUAGUCAAGUCUCUAGCAGCCAAUCUCACUAGUUCUCCAUCUGAUCUUGUUCAAAAGAUGCCACCUCAAAUGAGUCCUGCCCUAAAUACGACAUCUUGUUCUGACCUCCCUUUACAACCAAAUGCUUUCAUGCCUGUUUCUGGUGACAUGAAAAUGGGCGUAACCAGUCCUAAUUCUGAAUCAAUACAUGGGAUUGGCGCUCAUUCUCCAAUUGAUCAAAUGCUACAAAGAGAAUUGUGGGAAGUCUUGGAGCAGAAUUAUCCGGACAUCAAUGUUCAUGACUUGAGUGCUGAGCGCAUUCGCGAUUUGCUUGAACCAUUACGUGAUCAACUCGUUGCACGAGGCAUUUUUCAGCUUCGUAAUCCAUGCCCACCAAGGCCACCUCUUCAGUAUCCUGACUGUCCAGUUGAUCCUCCUGUCCCACGCCCGGCUUUCCGUCCUCCGUUCCAUGGUCCUUCGCGUAUGCCAGUUCCUGUUCCAAGGUCUGAUUUCACACCACCGCCUCAAGGACCAAGGUUAUGUCCUCCCAAUUCUUCUGGUUAUGGACCUCCAAAUCGAAUGUCCAAUAGGCCUUCCUUUCAAUCAAUGAAUCCUACAUUACCUCACCUAAUGCCUAACCCAAUGCCUCCCUAUAAUGGUCCUCCUGCAUCUGUUCGAGCACCUGCCUAUCCUCGCGCGAACUCGCAUCCUAGGAAUAAUGGUCAACUAUGUAGGUUCUUCCAACAAGGAGGAUGUCGUAAUGGUCAUUCUUGCAACUUCAUGCACUCUCGAUAAAGAAUGUGACUAUUCCCAAUCCAGUUUCUAAUUCCUAACACUGUAAAAAUUACUCUGAUUCCGAUUUAUGCAUUUUACUUCAAAAAUAAUAAAAGCUAACAUCAUGUUACCUAAACCUUCCUGACUGUAAAUAAAACUCUUAAGGUUUUGUAUAGUCUUUCUUACAAUAGAAUAUUUCAUGAAUUUUUUAUGCGUUUUGAAUAUAUUACCAGAUUUAAUGAACACUUGUGUUCAUAAAUUGGUUAAACACUUGUCGUUUUUAUCUCCAUAUCUCAAUGGCCUUUUGGAUCUGAAUACCAAUGGACAAGUUUAAUAUGGCAAACACGAUACACACAUGAAAAUACAUUGUAUACAUUCCAUGUUCUAAUUUAAUUACAUUUCCAUGAUUCAUAUAAUUUUAGCCAUUUCUUAUCUGAAAUAUUGCUUACACGUUUUCAAAAUCAAAAGCUAAUUUUAAAUUAGGUUGAUGUCCACCUGUUUUACAUCAGUGACUAAUGUUAUUAAUUUUACAUGAAAUUGUUUCACUGAUC